AUGGAGUUUGAAGAGGCAGUCAUGGAGUGCAACAUCCCCGAGCUCCUUGCUCGUGAUCUGGAGAUGUCGCAGUCCAUCUUCACGUCAAAACACAUGACCGCUGGGGCGCCGUCACUGGACACGUUCUCUCACGACGCCUUCGGCCGCUGCCAUUCUCUAGGCGGCGACGUCGGGUGCCCGGCUGGCAGGCCGUCGUCACAGCGGCCCAUUGCUCGGGUUCAGUCUUCUGGGGCCUUGGCCUACCGCUACUCGGGGGCAAGCAACGACGAGGACUUGCCUCGAUUCGGGUCUGUGUCGACAAACAAACACGACUCGUGGGGCUUCAGCAGCGGCAGUCAAAGGUCCCUCGACGACGGCGAGUCUUCCUCUGAUAAUGCCAGUGAAUCGUCGGGAGACGUGGAGCCCCCACCUUUUCGCCAUCGCCAGUACUCGGUCACCACCCCAGCAACAUCAGUGGCCUCAGCUAGGUGUUCCUCGCUUUCGCACAAGCCCUUCGUUGCGCCUACGUCCAACGACCACAGUGGGAGCUGGCUUGAUUUCGAGCCGGAAAUUGUCAUUCUAUCUGACAGUCGGACGAGCAUCGAAAUGGAUACCUCGACCCAGCGACCGCAAACCUCGUCCGCUAUGUCGGCCAAAGAACUCAACCGUCUCUCCCAAAAUUCGGCUUGGUCCAUCCCCAUCCCGCAGAGGAGGUCAUCUCUCAGCCACCAAGUGACGGUUUUCUCAGACGACGGAUCACAAGCCGACCACCUCGAGAAAGCUACUUUGCCCGACGACAUGAAAGAGCUACGCAUCCCCAUCUCGCACACGUACCCGCCAAUGCGCCCCUCUUUUGCUAACUCUGGCGACCACAUGGCCAACGUCAAGGUCGUCAGGGUGCAGAGCCCGCCGCAGAAGCCAGUUCUCGUGGAGGUGAACCGGCCCUCGCAAGAUAGCGAGCGAGCUACGUUGUCGCUACUUCACGAUCAAGACGACGCCGAUCGCCAGCAAAACGAACGCGCUCUUGCGCUGGCUCCGCCACGCACCUCUCACACGGAGCCCCAUGCCGCCAUCCAGUCCUGGCUUGACUCUAGCACAGACAGCCCGUUCUUGUCACCCAUGGUCUCCGACCGGGCCGUUAGCGACGAUCUGGGACGAGGAGUGCCUAUCCCUCUGAAGGUGGUUGACAGCCUGAAGACUUCCAUCCAUGGUUUCCCAGUCACCCUCCUCACGACGAGCAGCUUCUCCAUCGAGACAAUUCGAUCCUACUCGCGCAAGAUCAAGAUCCCCAGCGGCGUCGAUCGCCCAGGCGGCGCCCAAGCCUUCCCCAUCUUGCCCAUCUCGUCCCCCGUCGCCUCGCGGCGCUUCAAGCUCUCGAAGCUCUUCACUUCCCGCAAGGCCCUCUCCGAAGCGGCUAAGGCGCCCUUCCUCGGCCGCGGAGGUGACCCGAGCCGCCGGAGCAACCGCGCGUCCUUCACCAGCAACGUGCCCACCGCCGCCUUCGCCCGGCUCAAGUGCAUCUUCCCCAACGGCUCGGACUACCUCUGCGAUGCGCUUUACGCCCACCUGCUCGCCUACAACUACAUCUACUCGGCGGCCUCGACCAGCAGGCCUUCCUUCCUCCUUCCGUCCAACGAUGAUACCCCCGCUCCCAGCAGGCCGGCCACGGCUGCUACCCCCGCUCCUAGCAGGCCGGCCACGGCUGCUACCCCCGCUCCUAGCAGGCCGGCCACGGCUGCUACCCAGCAGCCGUCGCCGAGCAUGAGGUCCGACGAUGGCCGAAACAUUCCUUUCAAGGCGGCGCAGUUCCUCGGCAUCCCGAGCGGCAGCGCGAGCGACUACCUGCCCGCCUCUGAGGACGUCAAGCAAGACGAGCAGCAGCAGACCUCGGCCUCUGCGCGCUCCAUUCCCCGGUCGGCCACGGCUGGUGGCCAGCCGCCGAGCGGUCGCACCCCCGGCAACCGCGGACCUUCCAAGAUGGAUACACCGCAGGAGAUCCUGGACGGACUGCAGGGCUGCAUCGCCCGGCUCGUGGCGACGCUCAAGAUGCCUGUGGGCCGGCAUGGCGAGCAGCCCAAGCUCACCGCCCACGGACCCCGCGACAUCGACGGGCUGUUCCUCAACGCGCUUUGCGAGAUUGUGCGGUGCUGCGAGGAUAUGAACUGA